UAAGCUUAUCUCAUAGAUACAUAAAGUUUGAAUUUCAAGAAGGACAUGAUCUUUCUUUCAACGAACUUCUGCAACGUAGUGAAGUCAAUAACAAUACAAGUAUGUAGUUGUCCAUUUCCUAACAAGAGAGACACAUGCACAUCACAAAUAAAUAUAAUAGUUACAAGAAAUUUAUACAAGUCUUGAUAAGAUGAAGGUAGCAUGCGCGCGUACUCUUUUCCUGCAGUGCGUCACGCCGUGCGUUUUGGCCGUGCAGGCUGUCAGGCUCACGCGCAGGUCUUUUCAGCAGGGAAAUGCUAGUAGCAGUCAUGACAUUGCAAUGAUCGAUGACUUUGAGUUGCCAAAAUCUUCCGGCGCCAGCGCAACAUCAGCAAUGCGUUCGUCGAGGACUGAUAGCAGCUCUUCGACGUGGGGUCAGCCUCACUACCGCUUUACUCCUGAUAUUAAAGGCAAUCCAAGCAUGCCGAAGAACACAAAGGGCGAUUCAGCGCAGAUCUGUGGUCGCCGUGGUGGUAACAGUUUUGUAGAUCCCGAUCAAAUCGAGGUCUUUCAGGAUUUCAUGCUGGCAUGCGAUCUACUGAAAGAGACGCUGCAAGAGUUGAAGCUCAAGGAAGAGGAGGCAGGGUGUCCGGGAAAGUACACUCGAUUGUUGUCUGCUAGUGAGGGUUCACAAGAGCAAAAAGCAGGUGGUGCAACACCUUCUACGCUUCUCAACGCAGGAGCUGCAGAAGGCGCUGAAGCGACGUCGAGCCCCGAUUUACCAGUCGAACUUGUUAGCGGGGACGCUAAGGAUCCUCAACCUGAAGAAGUGAGCGGUUGUUGUGUCGAAGCUUAUGUAAGCAACGAUCAGGUUCCAGAGCAGAGCUCGCCACUUGGAGAACAGUUUCAGCUGACGAAAGACAACGCGGGUCGUUUUGAGCAGGGAGAUCAUGAUGGCGAAAUUACUGCCGAUGACAAGGGCAGUCCAACUUCAGUUUCCUCAUAUCAGCAAGCGAAACAGGCGGCAUCUGAACGCAAAGCGAGGGAAAGGAAACAGAGAGAACGGCUAACCGGCAAAGUAAAUCCAAUGAAUGCCGCAACCGAAGAUGGAAAUCACGACGAAGGCGGUUCGUCAGAUGAGGAUACAGGUGUGUCGCUUUGAGACGCGUGAAAAUGAAAUGUGGCUCUUUCGUUGCUUUCGGUGUCCAUUACAGUACAACAACUGCGUGAUAAAAGAAGAAGAAGAAGAAGAUAAUAGAAGGAGAGUAUUUUUGAACACUCACUCUCACUCCAUGGUUUGAGUUUUGGUUUUUACCUUAGAAAAGGUAUGCGUGUUGCAAUCACAUUCGUGCGAAAAUAUAAUAUUUUUCCCACAUGAAGCACAAGAUUUGCCCAAGUACCGAACUAACACCAAGAACACCCGCUACAUUCCGACGUCCAGAAGUUCUUGUAUGCAGCCAUUGCUUUCGCAUAUUUCGCACUAGAUGAAAAGGAAACAAAGCAACGGAAAGUGUUAGUACUAGUGUAUCUUGCAGCUGCUGCUUCACUUGCAGAUGGUAACAAGAGGAAAUGCUCUUUCCAUCCACCCAAGAUAAUCAUACUCAAACUCAUACUGCAACAUCAUGAAAGUGAAUGUCUAAGAUGAAUGAAUUGGCCGCUCCACGCUUCAGAUUUGGAUGAAUGGUUUACUUGCACGACUUUUUUUUCUGAUGUUGGUGGAGAUGCGGUCGCUCCUCUUUCUGACUAUGAACCAGGGUAAGCCAACUUAGAUGUUCUUGUGGUUGCUAAGAUUGCACCAUCUGGACGCUCCGAGCAAUACUUGGUUUCGAUUUUCGAGGACUAUGACGCCGAAUAUUGCACUACGACGUCAUGCUGGUAGUUUUCAUCAGGAUGAUGUCUUCAUUACUUUUCUUGAUAAUUUGGAUUAUGAAGUCGGGGUCGGGCUAUAAUUUCUGCGCCCCAACUUUAUGGAUUAUAUCUAUUGCGCCGAAAUGUCUGUGGUUACCGGUUGUCAAGAUCAAGACUUCAAGAUUCGACGACGACGAUUGAAUAAUAUCUAUGCAUUC